ACUUUCUUCAGCAGUUGUCGACACCGUCAGAGACGAUGGCUGCGAACAUGAUCCUUCGCUCAACACUGCCCAGAACCUUUGCUUCCUGCAACUGGACGUAAUGUCUUGCGAUCCGCAUUGCAAGUGAGAGCAGCAAGCUCGACUACGCAAUAUGUGCCAGGCGGACGUACGUUCAUGAAUCCUGGCACAGUCAACGACCCUACGGAAUUCCCUCCUCCAUCAAGGACGCAUGGCUCGUAUCACUGGGCGUUCGAGCGCCUUCUUGCGGCCUCCCUUGUUCCCAUGACUGCAGCCGCUUUUGUGACCUCUGGUUCAUCUUACCCCGUUCUCGACGGACUGCUUGGUCUCAGUUUAGUGAUGCACUCUCAUAUUGGGUUUGACUCGAUGGUCGUGGACUACGUGCACAAACGCAAAUUCCCCAUCCUUGGCCCUACCCUGACCUGGGCGCUGAGAUCAGCAACGGUUGGCGUUCUCGUCGGCGUUUAUCAGUUCAACACAAACGAUAUUGGCUUGACGGAGCUGAUUGCGAAGGUCUGGAUGGCAUAAGAUUAGAUGCAGGGUGGGCAAAGUAACUUCUAUAACAGUUACUUAUUCCUCGCAGAAAUCGUGUAUAAAAGCCCGGUACAUGUGAAAAGGAGACGAUGUUAUG